AUGACGAAAGCUGAGCUAAUCUUCAUUCCUGCACCAGGUAUAGGCCAUCUGGUAUCAACAGUAGAGGUGGCUAAGCUUCUUGUAGACCGUGAUGAGAGGCUUUCAAUCACCUUCCUCAUCAUGAGGGUACGUUUCGAUUCCAAGAUUGAUAGCUACAUUGAUUCAGUGAGUGCAGCUUGCAAACGUAUGCAAUUCAUUGACUUGCCUAAAGAUGAGCCUGAUCCAAACCAACCCAACAAGUUUCUUUUUCAAUGGAUAAAAGCCCAGAAACCUCAUGUCAAAGAAGAAGUCUCUAAGCUUGUGAGUGACUCCGAGCUAAGCCAUGACUCGCCUACACUUGGUGGGAUUGUUCUUGAUAUGUUUUGUACAUCAAUGAUAGAUGUGGCCAAUGAAUUUGGUGUUCCCUCUUAUAUUUUCUAUACAUCAGGUGCAGCUUUUCUUGGUCUUAAGUUUUAUAUUCAGGCUCUUCAUCAUGAGCAGAAAGUUGACCCUACUGAGUUCAAGGACUCGGAUGCCGAGUUGGUCAUGCCGUCGAGAAGGUUUAGGGAAACUAAAGGUAUUAUCGUAAAUACGUUUGAGGAGUUGGAAUCCCAUGCUCUGAGUUCCUUUUCUAAUGGUAAUACUCCUCCGGUGUAUCCUGUGGGUCCCAUUUUGAAUCUUAAUAGAGAUGGUGAUCGCGAUACAGGGUCAGAUAGAAGCAACAAAUACAAAGACAUCAAACAAUGGCUUGACGAUCAACCUCUUUCCUCUGUAGUGUAUCUAUGUUUUGGUAGCAUGGGAAGUUUCGAAGUGGAUCAGAUAAGAGAAAUUGCAUGUGCGCUAGAGCAGAGUGGGCAUCGAUUCUUGUGGUCUUUACGUCAACCACCACCUCAGGGUAAGAUGGAAGCUCCAACUAAUUAUGUGAAUCUUCAAGAAGCCUUGCCUGAAGGAUUCUUAGAUCGAACUAUGGAGAUGGGAAAAGUUAUUGGAUGGGCUCCACAAAUAGAAAUUUUGGCUCAUCCAUCAGUGGGAGGAUUUGUGUCACAUUGUGGAUGGAACUCUACAUUGGAAAGCAUAUGGUUUGGUGUUCCGAUUGCCGCAUGGCCAUUAUAUGCAGAGCAACAAUUCAAUGCUUUCCAAAUGAUUGUGGAAUUAGGAUUGGCAGUGGAAAUUAAAAUGGAUUACAGAAAGGAACUUCUUAAUACUGAUGGUAAUAAAAAUAUUGUUACUAGUGCAGAAAUAGAGAGAGGAAUAAGGUGUUUAAUGGAGCUUGAUGAUGAGAAAAGGAAGAAGUUAAAGAAAAUGAGUGAAAAGAGUAGAAAGGCUUUGAUAAACGAUGGAUCUUCGUAUAAUUGGUUAGGUCAAUUGAUUCAAGACAUGCUGGACAACAUGCCAUGA